GCUGUCUUGGCCGAAUUUAAUGAAGUUAGUGAAAGAAUGUGGGAUGACCCAACUUCCUCUGAAGUCCACUAGGAAUGUAAACCAAGGAGGCACGUUUUCUUCCCGGCGAAAGGCUUGAUUUAACAUCGUAGUUUAGUUUUGGCUUCACAGGAACGAGGAACUGGCGAAACAAGUAGGGAUGAGGGUGUAAAAAAAAUAAUGCCCGAGGCGGGUCAUUGACAUUCACAAAACAGUAAGUUUAACAUGACGUUUCGAGACUGUCAUUGCUCCACCCAGACGACAACAAAAAAAAAACUUUCUUCCUCAAAUUAAACAUUUCUCCUUACUAGCGUGGAAUUGCGAGAGACGAAGACAUCGCGAGGCGAAGACAGUUCUGCAUUUUAUUUUAUCAUUUUCAAAAUGUGUUGUUUUUAAAAAAAGAAGAGAAAGAAACGAAAAAAGACGCAUACAGAUGACAUGCAAGGACGAUCCAAAAAGUAACACAAUCGUAACUUCCAAUUUGUUCCACAUCAUGGGACAACUAACUUUGACAAAAACCAUUAAGCUAAAACUACUGGUUAUUUUGAUGAUCGUUUUACCGGUUUCAUGUGAUCCAUGCCAUCCUUGUGUAGGGGACACGGUUAACAUAACAGAAAUCGGAACGAGAACAGUUAAAUUCCAUUUUACUAAUGGUAGCUGCCAAAUUAAUAAUGGAGGUGAAUCUUAUAAUGCUACAUCAACUGAGAUCAACGGUCUGUAUCCAGGAACACCAUAUGCAAUACAAACAAACUGCUCAUGCUGCCUGAAUUUUACAACAAGGCCUGAUAUGAUCAAGAACCUGACAGUCACUGAAGUCACAACAUCAACCGUUUCUCUCAGCUGGACUAAACCAGAAGGCAAUAGCUCUUUCUAUAGAGUACAGGUGGUGGAGACUGGGAUUGAAUCUAUAACAAACACCACAAACAUUACAGUGACUGGGCUGACUGCUGGGAGCAACUAUACAUUCAAUGUUACGGCAUUACCUGCAGAUAAAUUAAUUGAAGGAAGUGGAGUUCUGAUUUCUACUUUUACAAGGCCUGAUGUCAUCAGGAACCUGACUGUCACUCAAGUCACCACAUCUUCUGUGUCUCUGAACUGGACUGAGCCUGUGGGAAAAAGCUCCUACUUUAGAGUUGACGUGCUGGAGACUGGGACAAAUUCAACCUUUUCUCUGACUCAAAGUCGUGAAAAUAUGACGGAGAAGUCCUUUAAUAUUGGUAAUCUGACUGUGGGGACUGGAUACACUUUCACAGUCAUUGCAAUGGCUGCAGAUAACUCAACAGCAGGAGCCCCUGUCAGCCUCUCUCAGUAUACAAGGCCUGAUGUCAUCAGGAACCUCACUGUCACUCAAGUCACCACAUCUUCUGUGUCUCUGAACUGGACUGAGCCUGUGGGAAAAAGCUCCUACUUUAGAGUUGACGUGCUGAAGACUGGGACAAAUUCAACCUUUUCUCUGACUCAAAGUCGUGAAAAUAUGACAGAGAAGUCCUUUAAUAUUGGUAAUCUGACUGCGGGGACUGGAUACACUUUCACAGUCAUUGCAGUGGCUGCAGAUAACUCAACAGCAGGAGCCCCUGUCAGCCUCUCUCAGUAUACAAUGCCUGAAAAGAUAAAAACGAGUGAUAUUCAGGUUUCAAGCAAUGGUUCAACUAGCAGCAUAACAGUAACUUGGAAUCCUCCAGCUGGAUAUGUGAAAUCAUAUAACAUUACGAUCCAAGGUGGCUCAACUAUCACCUCCAACAGCAGAUCUGUAACAUUUACCAACCUGGCACCUGGAAGAAUUUACAAUGUUACAGUCACAACGAUCAGCGGACCUUUCCAUGUGGAUUCUGAUGUAGUUCAAAAUGCUACUUAUCCCACUGCACCUGGAGACAUAGAAAUAAAAAGCAAAGCAAAUGACUCCAUGUCUAUCGUUUGGGGCGAGCCUCCUAAUAUGAACAAUACCCCACAUUCCUUCUUUGUCACGUUCCUGUCGGCCUCCAAUAACAGGGCAUCUAACAAUGUCACUCAGAACAACACCACGUUAACCAGUCUGCAGUCUGGAACUCAGUACAUAAUUUCAGUGGUUACUGUGGGACAGAUGGCACUCCAGAGUGUUCCAGUCACUACAGAAGUUUAUACCAGACCCAACCCUGUGCAGGCCCUUACCGUUACUGACAUUACCACCAACUCGGUUUUACUUAACUGGCAGAGACCUGAUGGCUACAAGGAGGAGUAUAGAUAUGAUGUAACAGUACUGAACAGUUCCAAUACCAUUUCAGUCGAUAAUUACACAGUGAGGUAUGAGAACAUUACAGUCCAGUUGUGGACUUCAGGCACCAAUUACACUUUUAAUGUGAAAACCCUGGCCAAAGAUGGCACGGAAUCCUCUGCCGCCACUGUUUCAGCGUUCACAAGACCAUUGCCUGUAGGCAAUUUAAGUGUGUUUACCAUCAAUACCACUGCAGUUGUACUGACGUGGACCAAACCGAAUGAAUAUAAGGAUGGAUAUACUUAUUUGGUUGAGACCAUUGGAGGACCAAAUACAACAGUCGUCAAUGAGACAGCUGUGAUCACAGGCCUGAUUCCAGGAACAAACUACUCUUUCAGAGUCUUUACCCUGGCAGGGGGUGACAGCAGAGCAGAACCAAGAACAGCUUCCAAUUACACAAUACCAAACAAAAUAAACUCUGCGAACAUCAGCGUCUCAAACAAUGGUACAAAUCAGACCAUUGUUGUCACCUGGAGUCCUCCACAAGGGAAUGUGGAGAACUAUAUAGUCAGCAUCAGAAACAGUUCUGGACAAGUUUCUCAAAAAAAUGGCAACACAUCUGUGUCAUUUGAAGGCCUGAAAGCUGGAACAAUAUACAAUGUCACAGUGACAACCAUCAGUGGUCCCUUUAGAGAAGAAUCCGAUGUGGUUCAAAAUGCUACACGUCCAAAUACGCCUGGAAAAAUCAGAAUUGAGAGCAAGUCAAACGAUUCCAUUACAUUAUCAUGGGGCACACCUCCUGACAUGGACAGCGUUCCUUUCAGCUUCUACGUGAAAUUGCAGCCAGAUCAAAAUAGCUCCAAAUAUGAAAAUCAAAACAACACUAUCUUAAGUGGGCUGAAAUCGGGGACCUCCUACAACAUAUCUGUGGUGACAGUCGGACAGUUGGACUUUUGGAGUGAUCCAGUUAUAUAUAAUUUGGUUACAACUAGACCCUUGAGUGUUGAGUCUCUUACAACAGCCUCUUUAACAAAUGGCUCAGUUAUACUGACAUGGAACAAACCCAAAGAUUAUAAGGAAGGAUAUCAAUACAGAGUAACUGUACAAAGCAACAAUGGAAGCCUGGUAUCAAAUGAGACACAAACAACAGAGAGUCGUACAGUUAUGGGCUUAACUCAAGGAGCAAGUUAUACAUUCAACGUAACAACACUGACAUCUGAUAAUACAUCUGCAUCACCUGCAUCAGUUACUUCCUGUACAACUGCUGCAGUGAUAACAGACUUCAUGUGUGGAGGACCAAAUGGGGGGCCUGCAAUCCUAGAAAUGAACUGGACCUGCCCUGUAGGUCUGAAUACAGGAUUUCUGGUGCAAGUCAAUGGGACUGAAAACAACCUUUCUACGUGUACUUCUUCUCAGAAGACCUUCUUCAAUAAAACACAGCUGAAUUACAGCACUCAAUACACUGUUCAAAUCCAGACCAAAGGAUGUGGCGAAAAUAGCCCUCCUUUCAUCUCUACCUGUCGCACGGGAAUCACAGAUCCUCCUCCAGCAAGAACUGAUAUUCCUGUGGCAGACUUUCUUGAUAAAAGUUUUGACCGCUUCACUGUCACCUUCAGUCAGGACCUCUUUAAUGACUCCAGUGGACCCAUCACAAAUUAUGGGAUACUAGUAACCUCUGCUUUACAAGGUAAACCCAAUAAAACGGAUUUAUCCAGUACCUACAGUGGAUCUAUAAAGACUUACCUGGCAACAGUAAUUGGAGCAACGCAUCUAAGCCGAGCAGCUGGUUCCUACAGUGUUAUAAUAGGAGAUGGGUCAAAACAGUAUGGAUACACAAAUGGACCACUGAGCCGCAUUGGGCAAUACAGGGUUGCCAUUGUUGCAUUUACUAAACUGCAAAUAACAGAUAAUUUAAUUAAUCAACAAACAUCAUUGCUGUCAAUAUCACCAUAUUCAUAUAUAAUCGUCCUGCCAGAGAAUCCAGCUGUCAUUGGAGGGGCUGUGGGAGGAACCCUGUCUGUUUUCCUGAUCCUGUUGCUGAUCACCAUCAUCCUAGUGAUCUACUGGAGAAGACGGGCCAACAAGAAAUCUCAAGAUGUCCCUUUCACAUCUCUGAGAGCCAAAGUGGGCAUUCCUGUAAGAGUUGAGGCCUAUGAAACGUACUACAAGAAGCAAAGGGCUGAUUCAAACUGCGGUUUUGCGGAAGAAUUUGAGGAUCUUAGACCCGUGGGCACAAUCCAGCUCAAGAAUCAUGCCCUAGAACCAGAUAACAAACCAAAGAACCGCUACAACAAUGUGCUGCCAUAUGACGCCAGCAGGGUCAAGCUUUCUGUUCAAGGAAAUCCUUGUGAUGACUAUAUCAAUGCCAACUACAUGCCUGGCUAUAACUCGAAGAAGGAAUUCAUCGCCGCCCAAGGGCCCUUGCCGGGGACUGUGAAUGACUUCUGGAGAAUGAUCUGGGAGAAGAACGUCCACACGCUGGUGAUGCUGACCAGGUGCAACGAGCAGGGACGGGUGAAAUGUGAAGAAUACUGGCCCUCUCAGACAAAGGUCUGUAGCAACAUAACAGUGACGUUGACUUCGGAAAUCCCCCUAGAAGACUGGACAAUUAGAGACUUUAAAAUAAAAAAUACUAAGACAGCUGAAACUCGCAACUUGCGCCAUUUCCAUUUCACUGCCUGGCCAGACCAUGGCGUGCCAGAGACCACAGAGCUACUGAUCAGUUUCAGACACCUCGUGAGAGAACACAUGGACCAGUUCUCCAGAAACUCUCCCACUAUAGUGCACUGCAGUGCUGGAGUUGGGCGAACAGGAACGUUCAUUGCGAUUGACACCAUCAUCUACCAGAUUGAGCGGGAGGGCAUUGUGGAUGUCUACGGCAUCGUCCAUAGUCUUCGGAUGCACCGCCCGCUAAUGGUCCAGACAGAGGACCAAUACGUGUUUUUAAACCAAUGUGCCAUGGACAUUAUCAGAUCAAGAACUGGAACUAACGUGGACUUAAUCUACCAAAACACAGCAGCUCUGAGCAUAUAUGAGAACUUUGAUCCUGUAAAAUCUAAAGGAAAGAAUGGUUACUAAGCAGAGACAGAACAAUACUGUAAAGAUUGCACUGCAAUUAUGUUAUUAAAAACUACCUUUUUUAAAAAAAGGGAAACACUUCUUCCAGACUUUAAUGAUUGUAUUUAGUGUAAACACAUUUUAGCAAUUUGGCUCGUCAGUGUACAGAAGCACUAGGAAUAAUAGUUUUACAGGCCUAUCAUGUAUGUAUGUGGACAUACUGCAAUAUUAAAGAUUUAAGGGCAAAUUAAUCAGCUUUAAAAUUAAUGUAGUGGUUUCCACGGAGACAAUAAAAUGUAUUUAGUGAUUUGUACAGAGAAGAUACUUAAAAAAGGCACUGUAAGGGAACAUAUACAGUACAAAACCAUAAAUAAUAAAAUAAUGUUUGCUGUAGAAAAGUAUAUUUACAAAAUGAGUAUGUAACAAAAAUCCUGCUGACUGUUCAUAUACACAUCAGAAAAGACCUUUUAGACAAGGGAGAGGAACAAUGUUUCGUGUAACAGAUGCUGUAAUUGUAAGUGCCUUAAUGCUGUAUUGAAACCUCCUAAGAGUAUAACACAGCUGAAAGACUCUGUAUUGCCUUAAGACAAGCCUUGAAUAACGUGCCAAGCUGACAAAUGCAUUUCCUCCUUUACUCUUUGUUAGUUUUCAGGGGAUUAUGAGCAAUAACCAUACAGUCAAAAGCUGAAAAAUAUUUUUAGUCCCCGAGAAAAUCGAGAAUUGUCAACAGUUUUAUGAAAUAUAGAACAACAUGAAAGGCUCUCCGAAGUCAAGACUCCACAAUUAAGCAAUGUUGAAGACUUGAGUAAAAUGUUUAGUCUGAGUUGUACAAAUGUCCUCUUUGGUCUUAUAAAGAGAGUUUCAUUUUAUGUCCUAAUAUACAGUAGGUUAAUAUUUCUAAAGUAAGGUUAUAAUUAUCAGUGCAAUACAUGGUGUCUGACUGUAAAUAUUUCAGGUUAGAGAAUUAUGCUUUCAUACUCUUGCGUAGUUUAUGAAAGAUAUUAUGCUCAGGUCAGCUCUGUUUUUAAUUUGUAUUUUUGAAGUGUUUGUGUGUGUAUUUAAAAGAAAGAAGAGUCUGUUAAAUAUUUUGUGUACGUUUCAUUCAUAGAGAUGUUAUAUCAUUAUUUAAACAUGUAACUGUAGUUUAUCCUGAGAUUCUUUUACCAUGAAUUGAAGCAUUUUAAAAUGUCAGAUAAAGCAGGAUCUUGACCAUUUCUUAUUACUGCACCUUAAUAUAUGAUUUAUUGCAGUAUCCUACUGGUCUAAGUACAUUUGUCUCUGUUUGCUGGGAACAUCCAAUGUAUAGUACACUGUGCUGCUGUUGAAACAGCAUUCCUUUCCUUUUUAAACCCUCUUAGCAGUGAUCUCUCAUGAAGUGAUAUCCUCCAUGUGAUGUUCUCUGUGCAGAUGUGGUACACUGAAUACUGAAGUUAGUAUGAAUCCAUGACCAAUUUUGCACAAAUGAGUACUGUGUAUCAAAACAAUGCUGUAGGUAACUCAUUCCAUUACACGCAAGAAGAGAACCACCUUUGGAAUUCCACUGCUGAGAUGAACUGAAUAAAUGCUCAUAUUCCAAAGGUUGACAAUAUAUUGCAAAAAUAUUUGUGUAUGUAUACUGCAGUUGGUAUUUAUGGCACUGGUUAGAGUUCAAUGUUUUGAGGUGAAGAUGAAAAGCAAUACACUGUAUAUUAUUUGACUAUCAGAGUUGUUUAAAUUUUAAAGUCCUUAUUAUGAAACUGCCACAAUGAUCGACUUUUCUAAUUAUGAUGAUGCACUGGUUGCAUUUUUAAUUAAUAUAUUUAAGAUCUAUUACAAAUGAGCAUUAUUAAUUACGAUGCUGAAGAAUAUCUGUAAGCUGAAAUAUUGAGUGUGUAAAUGAAGGCAAAGAAAAUGCACCAUUUUGUCAAGUUCUUUUCAUAAAUUUAGAUUAUCAGAGGCCAAAUAUCCAUUUCUACAUUGUAGCUGAUGUAAGUCUGUCAAAUUUUACAGAAAUUGUGGUUCAUUUAAUGAAUGAGAAAUUUAAUUGACCUCUCUAGGUGUAAUAACACUGGGUUGGAUCAUUUCAAUAAAUGUUAAAACUAGAAAUGUGUUAAAAAUUAUUGAUUUUAUGCAAUUGUAAAUAAACAUCUUCCCUUGUACAUUUUAAAAUGUCCAAAGAUUAUGCAAAAAAGGGACUUUUAGUUGAAAUUACUGUACAUACAUUGCCUCAGUAUGUUUCUGUAGUCAUGUUCGUACUCAGUUGCAGGAAGUACAGUACCUCUUUUUUAAAUAAUAAUGUUUAGUAUUAGCUUUAAUAAAAGAAGAUUAUAUAUUUUUAAUUUAAGAAGGGACUGCAAAUCUACUUAUUAAAGAAAGAAGACCAUACUUUGGAAAAACUAAGUCAGCCUGUGAAUUUUGUUAUUACAAAUCUGCUGUUGAGUUUUGGUUUGAUGGCACUAUUUAAAUUGUUUUGAUAAGAUACGUAUCUGCAAGCUUGGACUUUUCCAAAUGACAUUCUGUCUUUAAGGCACCUAUUGCAAUUUGAUAUUAUUGUGAAAAACAUGUUGCUUAAUGACUUUUUUUAAAUUCUGAGAAAAUUGUGAUGUCGAAGGUACAAUAUGAAUACCAAUAAAUGAAGGAUUUUAUUUUUAAAUGUACAAAAUAUUGUGGUAAACGUUCCAGAACCUGGAAUUAAAUGUUCUAUCUUUGAA